GUGGAAAGGAUUUAACCUUCAGUCACCGGUGUUGACUGGCUCCCCUUGCAGUGCUCCCGGCGGGCAGGCAAGCCCGGCCGUAGCCCUGUAAGCUGUGGAGCUUCAGUGCAGGCCCCACCCCCCCCCGCCAUUUGUCGGGGCUGGAUCCAUUCGUCAUGUCAUCCAUUGUCAUGUGCAUCUGCCACUGAACCCUCAACUUCUCACCACUGUCACCUUCUACCAUCGCAACUCUUACUGUCGCAUACCAUCCCAAUAAUUAUCAUCCCACCUUGUCCUUCCGACGCCUACUUUAAUUUCUUCGCAUCGCCAAUUGUCUCCGAUACGUCGUACACUAAUGGCUGAAAACGAAAACCCCAGCUCCCCGACAGCGCCAGCUCCCGGGGGCUUUGUGCCUACCGCGAUCCCUUCACAUUCGUUACCAUCCCCAGCGCCCAGUUCAGCAUCAGCGGCCGCCGUCUCAAACCUUCCACAUCCACGCCGAACUUCUCUUCGCCCCGGAUCCAUCAAGGAGGAUAAAGUCCGCAACUAUGUUUCCGACAAAAUGCUACACAUCAGUCGCCGAUACGUCAAGCACUUUGCGAUCCCCGAUCCCAGCGACGAAAUCACCGGCUACAAGUCCAUGGCUGAAUUGUGCAAAGACGUGGACGACGUUAUAAAUAUCCUCUGGUUAUCCGGUACUCCCAGCCUACAAAUUCCCUACCUCCUUAACAUCGCGAGCGAGUUGACCACCUGGCUCGAGGGCUUCCCUCCUUCUCCUACAGCCACAUUCUCGCUACUACGAAAACUCGACCACUGCUUCGCCAGCCUACUGUUCGGCUACGACAUCGACACCAAAGAGACACUACCGGGCUUCGAAAACGGCCUCAGAGCCGGCCUGUCCCGGACAGACAUGAUCCGCUGCAAGAGCGUGCUUGAGCGCACUCGUGUGUUGGUAGUCGAGGUCAUGUCGAAAGAGCCAGCCGACGAGGAUCUAGACGGCGAUACUGGGGGUCAGGGUAUCCAGACCCCAAAGCCAGACGACGAUACAGACGACAUGAACGAUUUCGAUGAUGACGAUGAUGACGAAGACGAGCUGUUGCACAUGAAUGUUGCCACGGUGUAUGAGAACACACUUGUCAAGCUGGGAGAAAUCCUGGAAGAUGGAGGUGGCGUGACGACGAUUCCCAUGUCUGUGGACUGAGUAGACAUUUGGUAACCGUUUACCAUACUCCGAUCCUUCCAGAGAUGGAGAGGCGCCACUGUCAUCAAUCGCAUCUUGUCGCCCCGGCUAACAAAGGAUCUUAAUGAG